AAACCGCCAAAGGAGAAAAACGAGUGAAAAGGAAGAAAGAAAGGCUACAGCGCAGGUUGUUGUUGUCAUCGGCAGGCUCGUGUACUUGCUUGUCUGUCAUCUGAAAUCGCUCUCAGGCGACACAGUAGACGCGUCUUUAGCGAAAUGGACCCGAGCACGACCAUUCUGCGGGUGAAGAGGAAGCGAGGCACUGAUCCGGCGGACGCGCUGCUGCUGGCCUGUAAGCGGAUCCGUCCGGAGGCCACGGCGGCUCAGCCCAGCGACGAGAGCGAGCCGGAGCCACAGGAGCCCAAGAUAGAAAACUCCGUGUUCAAACUGGUGGCCACCGUGGUGUCGCAGGAUGCUCCGGUACAGCCACAUGUCCGUGAGGCUCUGGCUCGCCCACGUCUGGCCCAUCAUGCCUUGCGGCCAUCACAAGGAAGCGCUCAGAGGAUCAUCGGUGAUCUGCGCAGUCUCAAAUGGAGCACCAGGCGAGAGGAACGGUACCGGAUCCUGUCCAGCCACCGGGCCGGACUGCCGACAGAGCCCGCUCCUGCAAGAGGAGGAGAGGAGAACGACGACAGCCAAACAGAGAGCCGUGACGGCCUGUCUUUGGGAGAAGUGCAAGUGUUUGAUAUUGUGCAUGAGGAGGAGGAUGUCAAAAUGCCUGGCAAGACUAUGUCUGACCCGGAGACAAUCCUGUGUAACUCUGUGAAGAUGAUUCGUGAGAAGCUGAGCGUGUCGGGAGAUGGGCUCGGUACUGAACAUCGAGAGAAAGAGGACGAUUACGUGUAUGACCUGUACUACCAGGAGACGGCCACACCAGGCUGGAUCCAGGACAUUCUGUCUGUCAGACCCUAUACACAAGAGGGAGAGCUGGUUCCUGAUGAAGUGGCCUGGGAGGAAGAAGUGUAUGAAGAUGAGGAUGACGAAAACGCUGAAACCAACUGGAGAAAUGACUACCCAGAUGAGAGCAGUGAGGAUGACGGUGAUGCAGAAGAGCGUUAUGGAGGUUGCUGGAGUGAAGAGCACUCGUACAGCAGGAGGGGCUGGGAAUGCUACCAGCGGGACAUGAUGGAGCAGUUGGAGAAUGACAAAGAUGAGGAUGAAGACGAGGAGGAACGAGAGUGUAAUGAUUCUGACUGAGAGCCUCUGUGUGUGGAUACGAGCAUGAGAGAGGCCAUUUUUACUGACGUGUGUUGAGUGAAGCUGUAUGUUCUUUUGUCAAAAGUGAAUGUAUGUAGUAGCCCAUGUGUGUGUACUUGUGUGGGUUGCUUUGACUUGCGCGUUAGUGAGACGAGUGAUUUACUAUUUGCGAUAUUUUGCGAUUGAUGUGAAGAUAGUAUGGAGAGAAAAUGGUGAUAUUUUGAGUUUGUGUAAGUGUGGGGUGCUUUGUGUUGUCAGUUAUGUGUGUAGUGUUUGUACGUUCAUCUUCUAAGGGGUGA